UGGAGAAGCCAGCAAGCGCGUGCAGUUACACCUUGUACACAGAUGGCCGUGUGACUCCUAUCUUGUAAAUCAUGUACAUAAAGUAACGUCUGAAGGUAUCUGCAUGUAUAAGUGUAUAUACAUUUAUGUCGCAUCAUCUGUGUGGCACAUACCGUUAGACCUCCUGCCUGCUCUAGUGUAGAUUUAGAAAGACUCGACUCUAGUUGGGAUUUUCAAACUUGGAUUUACCGACACGCACUAAUGGUGAAGCUCAAUUUUUUAAAAGGAUAUCAUUUGAAAAUGAGUCGUAUCUUGUAUAAUCUGAUGGAAUAUUGCUGUUAAAAUCAUUAUAGGCAAUGAAGUUAAAUGUAAAGGUCGCUUGAGCAACGUUUGAAAUAAUUUGUGUAGCUACAUAACGGAAUAUAAAUUAUAGGGCUUGUUUAGCUAGCUUGCUAGCUGUCUGGGUUACCAGUUUGCAUAAAAAAAUCAGAACGGACGUCACGAGAUGAUAAAUUUAGGAUUUACCUGAGGAGAUUCACCUAAAGACUUUGACAGAGAAGAUUAUCUAUAAGAGGAGGAAGAGGCCCCAGCUUCCCUCAGCUUCCCUCUCUUUCCCAGAGACAUUAAACACUUUCUUCUGCCUCAGCGUGUGUAUAUAGUAAGGUUGGCUGAGGCGAGGCUUUAUUGAGGUGCCUAUUGACUUUAGUCCCCUUGGUAAGGUGCACAGGAAAGGGUAUGCACUUUAGGAGAUGGAGAGAAAGAAAGUAAGGACAGAAAGCUAGGACGGAGUGGAGAUAAGAAGCACUGUGCUGCUCAUCCUCUUUAUGCCUCUGUAAAGACUCUAAAGAAAGGAGAGAGGAGGACGGGAGCCUCUAGUGGCAGGGCCCAGCCCCGUAGUCACCAGCAACACUGGAACAACAGCAGCCAGAGAACCUAGAAGGUGGGUAAGAAGAGGACCACAGAAAGAGAGGAGAGACGGGGACUGAACAAGAACCAGAGGGUCGGAGGAGGAGAGGACGGGGAGCAGGAGGGGCAUCCCCAUGGCGACGGACCCUGGAGAACCCACUGGGACAGAGGACUCCUCAGAGAAAACUGAUGGAGCGCGAGAGGAGGAGACGGAGCAGGGGGAUGGCAGGAGGGAAAGGACGCAAAGUACCCCCUCUGACUUCCCCUCCUCCCAGGCUCAGGAGAGGAGAGCCGCCGAGGGUAGGGAUACAGGAGAAGGACCAAGAGGAGGCGGAAGUAGAGGAGGGCGAGGAGAAAUGGAGGACAGAGAUGUUAAGGAAGAGGAGAUACCUCCGUUUAGACCUAUGUCUCUCUCCACACCCUCAUCCCCGGCUGCGACCGUGGUGGCUUCAGGGUCAGGAGGUCACGGGCCGAGGCUGAGGAGAGAGAAGCGUUUCUUCAGGAAGAGUGUGGAGAUCUGCGAGGAGGAGGACGAGGUAGCAGCAGACCCCCCAGAGGUGUCCCACUCCGCCCCCCACCUGGAUUCAGUCUUCACCCUUACCGGGGCCCAGGCCGCUACCGCCACAGCCGCCUCAGCUUCCGCAGCCCUAGGACAUGACACCGCUCACCAUGACCCAUCCAGCCCCAGCACCACCCAGGACCCCGGGGCCAAGGACGCCCCCUCCUCCGCCCCUGCCCAGACGGGGAAGGAGAGGGACAGGGAGCAGGAGGAGGAGGCAGAGAUGAAGGCCGUGGCCACCUCGCCGGGGGGGAGGUUUCUGAAGUUUGACAUUGAGCUGGGGAGGGGAGCCUUUAAGACCGUUUACAAAGGCCUAGACACUGAGACCUGGGUGGAGGUGGCCUGGUGCGAACUACAGGACCGUAAGCUGACCAAGGCGGAGCAGCAGCGUUUUAAGGAGGAGGCAGAGAUGCUGAAGGGGCUCCAACAUCCUAACAUUGUCCGUUUCUAUGACUCCUGGGAGUCAGUGCUGCGAGGGAAGAAGUGCAUCGUCCUGGUCACCGAACUUAUGACCUCGGGGACACUCAAAACGUAUCUAAAGCGCUUCAAGGUGAUGAAGCCUAAGGUCCUGAGGAGCUGGUGUCGUCAGAUCCUGAAGGGCCUCCAGUUCCUCCACACCCGGACCCCUCCCAUCAUUCACAGGGACCUGAAGUGUGACAACAUCUUCAUCACGGGCCCCACCGGCUCCGUCAAGAUAGGAGACCUUGGACUGGCUACUCUCAUGAGGACUUCCUUUGCUAAGAGUGUCAUAGGUACUCCUGAGUUCAUGGCUCCAGAGAUGUACGAGGAACAUUAUGACGAGUCAGUGGACGUCUAUGCCUUUGGGAUGUGCAUGCUGGAGAUGGCCACCUCAGAAUACCCCUACUCAGAGUGCCAGAAUGCUGCACAGAUCUACCGUAAAGUCACCAGCGGUAUAAAACCAGCCAGCUUUGAUAAAGUCAAUGACCCAGAGAUUAAAGAGAUCAUUGAGUGCUGCAUCCGCCAAGACAAGAAUCAGAGGCUGUCCAUCCGGGACCUGUUGACCCACGCCUUCUUUGGGGAGGACACUGGGGUGCGUGUGGAGCUGGCGGAGGAGGACAUGGGGUAUCAGGAGUGUCUGGCCCUCAGGAUCUGGGUGGAGGAUCCCAAGAAGCUGAAGGGCAAACACAAAGACAACGAGGCCAUUGAGUUCAGUUAUGACCUGGAGAAUGACAGCGCAGAAGAGGUGGCUCUGGAGAUGGUGAAGUCGGGCUUCUUCCAUGAGAGCGAUGCUAAAGUAGUGGGGAAAUCCAUCCGCGACCGUGUCACGCUCAUCAAGAAGUCCCGUGAGAGACGCCAGCAGCAGCUGCUCCAACAGCAGCAAGGCUUUGAUGAGAGACGAGACUCCACCCUCACCUCCUCCUACACCAACACUUACCCCUCCUGCACCUCCUCCCUGGGGCCUGGGGUUGCUGGGCUGACAGGGCGAGGCGGGGGAGGUGGUGGGCAGGGGGAGGCUGAGGAGAUACCAAAGGCAGAUCAGCAUACGAGGCAACAGCAGCAGAUCCACAGUGGGAAUCCUCUGAGCCUACCCACAGGAGGGGAGAGCAUUGUCUCAGCCAGCUGUGAGUCUUAUGCCAAUGGCCAGAGCCAGGCGUACCCUCAGCAACGGGAGUCCUACAUGCUUUCUCAAUCCAACCUCCCUGCUGCUGCUUCGGCAAUUAUGGACCACACCAAAAUGUUCCCAAUUAGUCAGAGCAGAGGAGUUCCGAAUGUGCUUAUUGGUCAGAGUAGUGGGAUUUCCAGCAUGUCCAUUGGCCAAAGUGGUGAUGGGGCUCCUGAUGGUCAGCAGACUUACGUUCAGCCUGUUGCCAUGCCAACACAGGUUUCACCAGAUAUACCACAGCAGUAUUCACAGGAGAGUCCGAAACAGUCUGGCACAGAGGGACACUCCACUUCAGGCUCUGUUCCAGACAAUGGGGAUGGGGAUUUACAGAUGUUGGCCAAUGGGAAACUAGAGAGGGUGAAGUCUCAGAGGAGAUUGUCCUAUCGGGGACCAGAAAAAGGAUCACAUGCAUUUCAACUGACCAUGAUUCAGGUGUCCGGCUCUGGGGACAACAUGGUGGAGUGUCAGCUGGAAACCCAUAGCAACAAGAUGGUCACCUUCAAGUUCGACACUGAGGGAGAUGCACCUGAAGACAUUGCAGAUUACAUGGUGGAGGAGGAUUUUGUCCGUGAAUCAGAGAAAGAGACAUUCGUGGAAGAGCUGAGGUCCAUUGUCAAGAGAACUCAGGAAAUUCUCCUCACACAUCAACAGUGGACGGGGCGCCUCAGUCAUCUCCGGUGGGCAGAUGGAGGUUCUUCAUCAACCAGACCAUCAGACACAGAGACUCCACAUCAAACCAGGGAGGAGCGUCAACCCCUCCACCUCUCUCGACCGGCGAGGUCAGGGUGCCUCAGCCUACAGACACUGACCCAGGCUGCCCCCUCUCACUCUGACACCAGUACCCCAGGAGAAGUCACUACGUGGCCCCCCAAUCUGCACCCCGUCCCCCUGGGCCAUGGACUGCCACAGCAUAAUGCAGGAGGUGGAUAUUUUGGCCUAAACCUGACAUGUCCUAGUAUCAGAAAUCCCGUUAGCAAGAAAUCCUGGACUCGCAAAUUCAAAAGCUGGGCGUGCAAACUGCGCCACUCCGCCAGCUUGUUCAAGAAGCCCAGAGUCAAGCAAGAUGGUCACUCUAGAGGCAGCCAGGCAGUCAGAGAGGGAGCUUCCUCCAACCCUACCCACUCACUCAAGGGACGAUUUCGGGUCACCGCAGUGCCCCAGCUCCCCGAGGCCUCUCCCCCCAAAGAGGCAGCCUCCGGUAUAGGCAGCAGUCACAGGAAAGUGGGGCGCUUCUCUGUCACCCAUACGGAGGCCCAAAGAGAGGAGAAAGAGCUAACAGACAGCUCCCCUGUGUCUCCUGACUUGGAGAGAGAAAGGAGGAGGGCCCGAGGGAAAGAGGGAGAGGAAGGGAAGAAGAAUCCAGCACUGAGCCACCCACCCCGAGGACAUGGGCAUGGUCACUCACCCCUAGGCAGUAGUGAUGAUGAGGAGAGUGAAAUGGGGGAUGAAGACCUGAGGAAGGAGCUGCACAAGAUGAGAGAGAAACACAUCAAUGAGGUGGUGUCCCUGCAAGCUCAGCAGAACACAGAGCUCCAGGAACUGUACAAACAGCUCCGCUCCCUCCAAGAGCACCGGCCGACCCUGCCUCUGCCCCGCACCCCAACCCUCCCCUCGGGAGCGACAGCCCUCUCCCCCCGCAGGCCCCGCACGGCCAAAGCCAAGCUCCGGCCCAGACCCCACUCCCACAUAGACAACAAUGGAGUCACUGGUCACCCUGGUAUCGAGCAGUCCAGUAGUUUUUCAGGCGGAGAACAGAGCAGACUACCACCGUACUGCAACCCAGAACACACCAACCUACUGACUACUAAAAGAGACCACAGUCCUCCCUCCCAAGGUGCCAGGAAGAGCACGUUCACAGAUGACUUGCACAGACUGGUUGAUGAUUGGACGAAGGAUACAGUGGGUCCCACCCAUCCCAAGCCCUCGCUCAAUCAAAUCAAGCAGAUUCAGCAGGUGCAGGAGUUGAGAGGCUGGCCACAGCCCACAGAGGUGGCUCCUCCAGGUUGGUUUCCUGUGGCACCACUGAACCCCCAGGCCUCCCCAGCCCCAGCUCAAUACACUGCUGGGGGGAGCCUGAGCCAGUGGAGCGGGGUGGGGGGACCACCAGGAUCACAGCAACAACAACAACAAACGCACAUGCCUCAAGUCCCACAGCUGCAGCAAAGUUUACAUCUCCAGCAAGCCCAGCCUCCUCACCCAUUACAGAUACAGCCCUUUCAGCAAUCACCUCUAUGCCUACAACAACAGCCCCUAAUCCAGACUCCACUACUGUCUCAGUCCCUGGCUCCUGUACAGCCACAGACUGGGCAACAACAGAUACCCAAGCAGCCCAAUGUAGGUGUAGGAACCUCACCACAGAAUCAGAAUCAACCUCUGUUGCCUUCCCAGAUACCCCAAAUGGCCCCGUCAUCUGAGCUGGCCCUAGAGCAGCCUGGGUGUCUGAUUCCUGGGUCGAGCACAACCGCGGUGGUGGGAACCAUAGACACUGGACCUGCUGCUGCUGCCACCGGUGUCCCCGGAGGGACAUUCUGCUCCUCCUCCUGCUGCUCUGCUGCAGCUCAACCAUCCAGUGCCAAACUUCACCCCACGCCCCCAACCUCAACUCUUCCUCUGGGACAGCAGUGAAAUGAAGAAAAUAAAAAAAGGGAAGAGUGAUGUUGAUUAUGAUGGAACGAGGGAAGGAGAAAAAGGAUGGAGAGUGUGUAUGUUAUGAGAGUUAAAUGUCUGAGAAUGAGAAAAUGGACGCCAGUGGGUUUGUAAAGUUGAGAUGGGGAGUGAAUGAGAGAGAUGGUUGAGUCUAUGUAGAGUAUGUAGAGUAGAGUAUGUACAGACAGAGGGGACAUUUGGAACUCUGGUGGGGUUAUUGUUGUGUUUGAGUGUUGAGAUGUACAAACUUGCGUAACGUUUGUGUGUGUAUUUGUGUGUGUCUGUUUGUGUUGCCAUUGAUUUUCUCAAUACAUUUCUCUUAUGUGUUUUGACACCAUGUUAUUUUUUUAAAUCCAACUAAUUUGGACCCUGAACUCUUCUCCCAAGCAGAGACAUGAAGGAACACAAACAUUAUGACAUUAUUAUUGUAUUUUUAUUUGUCAAUGCUUACUUAUAUUGAAAAGGACUAUGGAUUUUAGAAGUGCAAUUACUAACUGUCAUCUAAAUGUUAUCAUCCUGUAUUGUUUGUAAGGCAUUUAACAAAAUAUUUUUGUAGAAGCACGUUGACAACAAUUAACCAGACAUUUACAAGCCAAUACAGUGAGCCAACAUCUUACAUGAACAUAGCACAAAUGUUUCAACAGGCUACCAAUGAGAUGUAAAGCAGUUACAACAACAGCAUGUUACAGUAACACCACAGAGCAUGGUAAUAAUGGUGCUACCUGGCUAUUAUCACUACCACGAUGUCACUAAGCAUACUGUUGUACGGUGUAGUGCACUGGCAAGGCAUGUACUUUGUGUAUUGUUAUAUUUUACAUUGAUAAGUAGUGGUAACAACUAGGUUAGAAGAUCUAAAAUAACAUGUUGAUGAGUAACAUGAUUCAAUUCUGAUCAAUUGAUUUCCUUAAUACACUGAAAAAUGGAUUUAAUUGAUGAAUAUGUUCAGUGGGCUUUCAUUUAAAUCUUACUGAAUAAACACUCAUCGAGACUAAAACUGCAUGGUCUUACGGCUACAACAUACCUUGACUUGCCUGACUUUAGUGCAAUCUACUUACAAGU